AUUGGGUCUGGGCUUCCUCCGUGCCCGAAGGGGGCCUGGCCGGGCUGGGCGCCGCCUCCGCCGCCUCCUGCCCGAGCAGGAGGAGGAAGGCGCCCCUUUAAAGCGGGAGGCGCUGCGGGGCGGCCCCACUCGGCCUCUGCCGCCCGCCCGGCUCCUGCCUCGCCUCCGCCCGCCCCGCGCCCGCCUCGCCGCCCCUCAGAUCAGUCAUGUUUGAAAUCAAGAAAAUCUGUUGCAUCGGUGCUGGUUACGUUGGUGGGCCAACAUGCAGCGUUAUUGCUCACAUGUGCCCCAAAAUUAAAGUCACCGUAGUUGAUGUUAACGAAGCUCGAAUCGGGGCGUGGAAUUCUGACAUCCUUCCGAUUUAUGAGCCGGGACUUAAAGAGGUAGUCGAAUCUUGCAGAGGGAAAAAUCUCUUUUUCUCCACCAACAUCGAUGAUGCUAUCAGAGAAGCUGAUCUUGUAUUUAUUUCUGUUAAUACGCCAACGAAGACCUAUGGUAUGGGGAAAGGCCGGGCUGCCGACCUGAAGUAUAUCGAGGCUUGCGCAAGAAGGAUCGUGCAAAACUCCAACGGUUAUAAGAUUGUGACCGAGAAAAGCACUGUUCCCGUGCGGGCCGCCGAGAGCAUCCGCCGGAUAUUUGACGCCAACACAAAACCGAAUUUAAAUCUGCAGGUCUUAUCCAACCCGGAGUUCUUAGCGGAGGGCACGGCCGUCAACGACCUCAAGAAUCCAGACCGCGUAUUGAUAGGGGGGGACGAGACCCCCGAGGGACAGAAAGCUGUCCGUGCGUUGAGUGCUGUCUAUGAGCAGUGGGUGCCCCGAGAGAAGAUUCUGACCACGAAUACAUGGUCUUCGGAGCUCUCGAAACUGGCAGCCAAUGCGUUCCUCGCACAGCGGAUAUCCAGCAUCAACUCGAUCAGUGCCCUGUGUGAAGCCACGGGCGCCGAUGUUGAAGAGGUGGCCAGAGCCAUCGGAAUGGACCAAAGAAUUGGGAAUAAGUUCUUGAAGGCCAGCAUUGGAUUUGGUGGGAGCUGCUUCCAAAAAGAUGUCCUGAAUUUGGUUUACCUUUGCGAGGCCCUGAACUUAUCAGAAGUGGCUCGCUAUUGGCAACAGGUGAUUGACAUGAACGAUUAUCAACGAAGAAGAUUUGCUUCCCGCAUCAUCGAUAGCCUCUUCAACACAGUCACUGAUAAGAAGAUCGCUAUUUUGGGAUUUGCAUUUAAAAAGGACACAGGAGAUACCAGAGAAUCAUCCAGUAUCUACAUCAGCAAAUAUUUAAUGGACGAAGGUGCCAGACUCCAUAUCUACGAUCCCAAAGUACUGAAAGAACAAAUCAUUCUGGAUCUUUCUCACCCAGGGGUGUCUGAGGAUGACCAAGUCUCGCGACUGGUCACCAUUAGUAAGGACCCGUACGAAGCCUGCGAGGAGGCCCACGCUCUCGUCAUUUGCACAGAGUGGGACAUGUUUAAGGAGCUGGAUUACGAGCGCAUUCACAAGAAAAUGCUGAAGCCCGCUUUCAUCUUUGAUGGCAGGAGAGUCCUGGAUGAUCUCCAUCAUCGGCUGCAAGCGAUCGGGUUCCAGAUUGAGACAAUCGGGAAGAAAAUCUCAGCCAAAAGAAUUCCCUUUGCGUCAUCCGGUGACAUUCCAAAAUUCAGUCUGCAGGACCCACCUCUAAAGAAACCAAGGAUGUAGGCUUUUUUUUGGUACAGAAAAGUUGGAAGGAGGAGGAAAAUAGAAGAAAACAAGAAGGGACCCUUUGAGCCUCAAUAAAGCAUUACAAAUUAUUUGAUUUCAAUGGGAGAUUUAAAUAUCUCCCGCGGAAACCCCACUUAACACUCCGCUCUGGCUAAAUGAAGUUUUAGUAUUUUUUUUGCAUAGUGAAAAAGAUUUCAUACGAACUAUUGAGGGUACAGCGCCGUCGUUACGUGGGACAUUUCAACCAGAUCUCUUUUAUUAUAAGGUCUAUUUUUCUAGUAUUGUAACUUCUACCAAUGACGUGUUAACUAUACAACCAUCACGUUUUUAAAAUAUUUUUUUUAACGGGACAACGCAUCGGAUUUGAACUUCCAAGAUUUUAGGGGUAUUUUUGCAAGAUUUCACAGACUUAAAACUUUAGCUUUGACAGAUUGAAAGUAGAAGCAAGAAAGAAAUUUCCUAUCCUAUUGAAUAGAUAGUAACCUAUUAACACCAUGUAACAUUAUUCACGUUGGAAGUUUAAAUUAAGACUUAUCAGGUAUGGAAAUCUUCAGCAAAGGGAUACUUUUUUCCAUGAAUGAAAUCAAGGCAUUAAUGAAAUGACGGUUGAAGUACUUUGCAUAAAACUAAUGCUUACUCCAGAGAAGACCCAAAAUAAGGAAUUAUUAAUUCUGCUUUCUCUUCAAUUGCUGAUAUGCUGACCAUCACUUUCUCACCUUAGAAGCUAAGCAAAGCACGAUUCUUAUUGUGGUUAAAAGCAGACUCGGGACUUAAAAGUUCUAUCCAUAUAUGGAAUUGAUCUGACUUUAGUACGCUACAUUAAGCUGACUUAUUGUAACCACGGUUUACCGAAUAAAUCCAAGUUGGUCGGGUUCGUACCGUAAGCCAAGACCAAGCAAAGUAUGCUUUUAAGCACCCUGCUUGAACUGGGACACACAACAUCCUUAAAAUAUCUGGGGAAAUGUGUUUUGCCGAAUCUUGGGCAUUACCAAUAUCUUUUCACAUCCUUAUUAUAAGACAGAAAUCAGAUUUUAAUUUUUUUGGCAGUUUAUCCCAGUAAACUACCACACCCAAAAUAACAACCAAAGAAUGCUUCCGUUUUUUGGUACCCACGGGAAUAAAUAUAAAACUGGAAUACCCAUCACUGCAGUGGGAUUGUUGCUUAAUUCUCAAACACACUUGUACUCAACACAACAGAAGUCCACUUUUUUCCUUGGAUCAGCUGCAAACAAAUCUUCGAGGUACCGCUUUGUCUAACGGCCUCAAAAAUUAGCACGUCGAUCCAUUUUUGUCUUAAGACCCUCAUUCGUACCUUUUUUAUAAAGCGGUCAGGGAAAAAAUAAUAUUGUAGCCGAGCUCCAAUCCAACAGUUUAAUCGCGAAUAUCAUUUCCAAUCCAACAGUUUUAAUUAAGAAUAUCAUUUACGGUAGAGAUGCUUCUAAUCCUAUUUUAAGGCCAACGAGAAAAGUGAUUUAAUUGUGCUUUAUGCAAACAAGGAUGAUGACUGAGAAUCACUCGUGUCCCAGGAGCGUCAUUGAAAAGACGUUUAGCGAUGCGAUGUGGGCUAAUAAUGGAACAAACCAUGAUUAUAGAUGAGAGAGGGGGGAAAAUGCAUCUUUUGAUUCCUUAAUGUAUGUGUCUCAUUCUACCUCUGUUUUUCUUGAUGUAUCUGGAUGCUAGUUAUUGGAUAAUGAGUGAUAUCUUUGUUUUGUACAAUAUCAGAGCGUGUCAGGGUCCAGGAACAAAAUAAAAUAUUUUGUAUUCUUUUUUUUUUUUAUAAAGCAA